AUGGUCGGGCUCGAGAAAGAUCUCGCGUAUCGCCUUGUUAUCUUUCCCUCACCGCAUAUCCAGCUCGGAUACAUCAUGGCCAUGAAAGCUGCAAUCAUCGUGGCUUUCUUGACGCAUUUCCAGGUUUCUGCUGAAACCGUUGCCGGCACAGAAGCCGAAGCAUGCCAGUCCGGGAGUAUCCAGCAACUCCUGGACUCAUCUCACGCCGUGCUGGAGGAGACAGAGGCGGCCCUGGACACCGCACAGACAUUGCACACUGAAAUGUUCGACGAGGACUGUGUGACGGUCUUCGGCCGCUUUUUGGAGCACGACCUCCUCAACCAGCAAACGGACACGGGCCCUGUUCAGCAAACAAAGCAGCAGAUUCGCGACUACUUCGGCGGGGUCGACCCACUCGUCUGGGCCAAGCCAUCGAAGGCAUGGAAGACACGUUUUCUCCCAGAGCACGGACAUCGCUGA